GCCGCCUCAUCCCAGCGCCCCGAGGGUCUCCCGGGAUCCGCCGGCAGAAUGAGUCUGCAGAUUUUAAACGCAGAAAAUGGAGAAAAUGCAGGAAACAUUAAGGAUGAUCUAACAGCAGAUGACUGUGGCUUUUUCUUGGUGCCACCGGAACCUACAGGGAGACCUUCCAUUCUACGCCCGUCCCAGAAAGAAAACUUGCCACCCAAAAGUGUGGCAAAAGCAAUGAAGGUAACCUUUCAAACUCCUCAAAGAGAUCCUCAGACUCGAAAAAUCCUAAGUCCUACUAUGACAGGCAAACUUGAGACUACCUUUACGCUUGAUGAUUGCUGUGAAGACUCGGUGGAUGAUCUUUUAUGUGCACCCUCUGAUGCUGACACAUGUCAACAAAAGAUUGAGGCUGAAGCAGAGAAUACACAGAUGCCAGAGAAGGUCAGUGUGGCUCCUUAUCCAGAUGAUGAGAUGCCAGUGAAGAGUCGAGGGUCCUACAGUCUCGAUUUUGAUAAUUUAGAUGACAUCAAUCCUUUUCAAAGUUCAGCACAGUUACCUUAUUCUCCUGGAAAUCUGCAGAAGUCUCCUGUAAAAGUAGCUAGCAGCCCUGAGAAAACUUCUGAAAAAAGUAAUGAUUCUCUUCUGACAGAAGAUACAGCUCCUUUUGCUUCAACCACAGCGAAUACAGAGUGUUCACCUGAAGAGAAGCCUUUCGUCUCUGCAAAAGAACCUGCACUGAGUGAGCUGGAGUCUAACAAAUCCACACUGUCCCCUAAGCAAGCACUCAGUGACUCUGAGCAGGGUGUGAAGUCUGCUUCCACAGACCUGAGCCAAACUGAUACUUCAGUGGGAUUAGCAGAGGCACCUACACCUCCUGGACAGUCACCUGGCAGUUUAGGUCCCAGUAGUUCUGAUGUAACUGGUUCUUCUAAAACCGGGGAAUCGAAGCAUCAGGAUGUUUUGGUAGCAGAAAAAGCUUCCACAGAAGGGUCAAAGCCUGAUGAAGAUCUGGCUGUCUCCAAAGGGAAGCCUGCAGAAAAGCCUGAUGUCCCCAAGGCUGGACCAGUAAAACUGGAAUUUGACUUUGAUAAUGCCACUGCUAAAAAACCACCUCCCAGGAAACUAGGUAAAAGACCUGGAAUUAAGCCACCUUCCAAAAGAAUUCCUAUUACUAAAACAAAACCAGAGAAUACUGAAGUGCAAAAUAAAAGUAACGUGGAAGAUGACAUCCCUCUUCCUAAAGCAUCUUACAAGUUUGACUGGGACAAACUUGAUGAUCCAAACUUCAAUCCAUUCGGAGGAGGCUCCAAAAUUUCCACCUCACCUCGUUCUAAGCCCAGCCCUCAGAAGGUUCACUUGCAAGAGGAGCAGGAUAGUACCACUUCAAGAAGGGACCCUCUUCCAGUGGAACAGGAUAACUGUCCAAGUACCUGUGAAACUCCUGAAAAACCAGAACCCAAAAAUCAGGAAAUUGUUAAGCAGAGUGUGGUAGAAGACAUGCCAAGAGCUCUAGAGGAGAAGCCAGGAGUUCAAGCAGAAGCUGAACUUUCAAGAGAGAGAGACAUGGAGGAACAAAUGGACCCAUCUAAAAUGUCUUCAGCUCAUAAUGUCCCCUCUCAAGAUAAUUUGGUUUCCUCUGACAGUGGAAAAAAGCCAGUGUCUGCAGAAGUUAAACCGCAUUCCCCCAGAACCGAGAUAACAGCAGAUGAGGCGGCAGCUAAUGCUGAACCUGAAGAGUUCUUCAGACCGUCAUCUGAAGUCCUAGGAAUGGGCAUAGAAAUAGACUAUCUGGAACAGUUUGGGACUUCCUCAUUCAAAGAGUCAGCCUUGAGAAAACAGUCACUCUAUUUGAAGUUUGACCCUCUACUGAGAGACAGCCCAAGAAAACAGUACCAGAAACUGAUUGAAACAAAUGAGAGUAUCAUCACAGCUCCACCUCAGCAGAGUCCUGUUCCUGAUUUAAGUAAAUUGCUUGAGGAACCUGAAAGGCCUCUAGUGAGUCUUCAAGAUGAAGAAAAACCAAAAGGACUAGAUCUUCUGGGGACAUUUACAACUUCUGACACAAGUCCCCCAAUUCCAGUUCCUCCAGUCACUUUUACUGCUUCUACAGACACUGCUGUGGAUGCUAUUAUAGAUGUGCUAAAAUACAGCCAAAAAGACAUGGAUGCAAUGGUUCAAGAGAAAGAGAUGGAGACUCAGGAAUGGAAAAACAAGUAUAAUAAGCUGUAUAUGGAAUACCAGGAAAUGGGAAAAAUAGUUGCUGAGUUUGAACAGACAAUAACACAAGUUAUGGAGGAUUCUCAGAAGCAGAAGGAAAUCUCAAGGAAAGAAAUGCAGAAGCUGAUGGAGGAGAAGCAGCAAGCUUUAUCAGAUCUCAACUCCAUGGAAAAGUCUUUCUCUGACCUCUUCAAAAGACUUGAAAAGCAGAAAGAGGCAUUAGAGGGUUACCACAGAGUAAGGAUGCUAUAAUGCAAAUAAUAUCCUUCCAAGAUAAAUGAGAUUUAGUGUAGAGGAAAUGGUGAAAUUUCAAGAGCAUCCAUUAAUUAGCUAGUAAAGGCACUACCUGGAAAACCAGGUGCUAAGUUGUUACUUUAAAUAUGAUAAAAAAUCACUAGCUUGUUGUAUUUAGUGACUGACUUAAAGUAUAAUAACAUCUGUUAGAAGUCAAAGUUUCUUCAAACAGAAGUGAGGUGUUUCUUGCUGCACAG